AGUCGGGCCGGGCCGGGCCAGCGCAGCGCCACCGGGAACCGGGGCCGCCGCGCUCCGCUCCGCUCCCCGGCGUCUCGCCGGGCCGAGCGGGGCAGAGCUGAGCUGAAGAGAGGCGGGCAGCGGCGCUACCACCGGCGGGGCGAGCGCGGGGCCGCGCGCCGACCCCGCCGCGGGGCUCCAGGCACCCGGGAGCGGCGGGCGGCCGUCGGGGAUGUCCUACAAGCCCAUCGCUCCCGCCCCCGCCACCCCCGGAGCCGCCAGCGCCAGCCCCGCCCCGCCGGGGCCCGGGGCGCCGUCCGCCGCCACGAGUGUCCCGUCGCCCUCCGGCUCCGUGCCCGGCGCCGCCGCCCCUUUCCGGCCGCUCUUCAAUGACUUCGGGCCACCGUCCAUGGGCUACGUGCAGGCCAUGAAGCCCCCCGGGGCGCAGGGCUCGCAGAGCACCUACACCGACCUGCUCUCGGUCAUCGAGGAGAUGGGCAAGGAGAUCCGGCCCACCUACGCCGGCAGCAAGAGCGCUAUGGAGCGGCUGAAGCGGGGGAUCAUCCACGCCCGGGCGCUGGUCAGGGAGUGCCUGGCAGAGACAGAGCGAAACGCCCGCACGUAACGGCAGCUGCCGCCCGGGACCCCCCGGGACCCCCGGUGGCGGCGGGGAGGGGAGGCCGCCGUGCUCCCCGCGCAUCCCCCUCCCCGCGCUCUCCGCUCUUUAUAAAUGCCUGUUUUUAUAAAUAAAGGACAAUAUUGGGACUCGGA